AUGGAUUUGGGCCUUGAUUACAAGAAGAUACAUGCUUGUCCUAAUGACUGCAUGCUUUAUCGUGGAGAAGAUGAAGAAAAAGUUGCUUGCAGUAAAUGUGGUGAAAGUAGAUGGAAGGCAAAUAAGCAGGAUGUUCCAGCCAAGGUUUUAAGAUAUUUUCCUUUAAAACCUAGAGUUCAAAGACUAUUCAUGUGUUCUCAGACUGCUGAAUCCAUGAGUUGGCAUGCAAAAGAGCGCCUCCAGGAUGGGAAUCUAAGGCACCCAGCAGAUGGCAAAGCAUGGAAGGAUUUUGAUUCCAAUCAUCCUGAUUUUGCACUAGACCCUCGUAAUGUGAGGCUGGGCUUGGCUAGUGACGGGUUUAAUCCAUUUCGGACUAUGAGCAUUUCGCAUAGCACAUGGCCGGUGAUCUUGAUAAAUUAUAAUUUACCACCCUGGAUGUCUCUAAAGCCAGAAUAUUUCAUGUUGUCUUUGCUUAUUCCAGGGCCUCAGUCGCCUGGGAAUAAUAUCGAUGUUUACUUGCAACCGUUGAUUGAUGACUUGAAAGAGCUAUGGGAAGUCGGGUUGCUUACUUAUGAUGCUUCAAGUAAACAACCAUUUUAUGUUCGUGCAGCUUUACUUUGGACUAUAAGUGACUUUCCAGCAUUUGCAAUGUUAUCCGGAUGGAGUACUAAAGGGAAGUUGGCUUGUCCUUGCUGCAACUAUGGCACUUGUUCGCAAUAUUUAAAAUACAGUAGGAAAAUGUGUUACAUGGGUCAUCGUCGAUUUUUGAGUGAUAAUCAUCCAUGGCGGUUAAAUAGAAGAAACUUUAAUGGCCAUGUUGAGUUAGGAAAAAAACCUGAAUCAUUAUCCGGGAUAGAGAUUAUGGAGGAAUUGCGUGGCUUUGUUAAUGACUUUGGGAAGAAACAAAAGAAAAAAUUAGAAAAGGGCUGUCCAUGGAAAAAAAGGUUAAUAUUUUUUGAUUUGCCUUAUUGGGAGCAGAAUACAUGUCGGCACUUGCUGGAUUUAAUGCACAUAGAGAAGAAUGUGUGUGAUAAUAUAAUUGGGACAUUAUUAGACAUUCCUGAAAAGACGAAGGAUCAUGUUAGAGCUCGUUUUGAUUUGCAGCAUAUGGGCAUAAGAAGAGAUCUACACCCAACCAAGUCAGCUGAUGGUCGGCAUUUUACAUUCGCUAAAGCAUGCUUUUCGAUGACGAUGGAGGAGAAAAAGAUAUUUUGUGGUGUGUUAAAAAAUGCUAAAAUGCCGCAUGGUUGUGCAUCAAAUAUCUCGAGGUGUGUCAAUGUUAAUGAGAAAAAAAUAUCAGGGUAUAAGACACACGAUGCUCAUUUUCUCAUGCAGUAUUUGCUUUCAGUUGCUCUGAGAAGGACUAUGCCUAGACGUGUUUCUAUUCCAUUAAUCAGAUUAGGGGCUUUCUUCAAGGGCUUAUGUAGCAAAGUUCUUAAUUUAAAUGAUCUUUAUAAAUUGCAGUCAGAAAUUGUGGAGAUACUUUGUCAACUGGAGAAAAUAUUUUUACCUAGCUUUUUUGAUAUUAUGGUGCAUUUGCCGAUUCAUUUAGUUCAACAAAUUUUGGAUUGUGGGCCAGUUAACUAUUGUUGGAUGUAUCCGGUAGAGAGAUAUCUUUGUAGAUUAAAGUCAUAUGUUCGCAAUAGAAGUGCUCCUGAAGGUUCCAUAGCGGAGGGGUAUUUGGCUGAAGAGUCGUUGACUUUUUGCUCGUUAUAUCUACAUGAUGGUGUGAAGACAAGAUUUAAUAGAUAUACAAGAAAGUAUGAUGAAGUCAUUGAUGAUGAUGAGCCAUCACCUAUUUUUCCAAAGAUAGGUCAUCCAGUGGGCGGAAAGAGGAAAAGGAAAGGCAAAGCAUUUGCAUUGGAUGAUGUAGAUUGGGUUAAUGCACAUAGAUAUGCUUUAUUCAAUUGCGGUAAUAGGGAAGUUGGGGAGUAUAUUAGAGAGCACAAACUCUUGAUUGAGAAUCAACCGAGAAAACGAGGUAGAAGAAGAAAAUGGGUAGAAGCUCAAAGGCAUAGUAAGGAUUUUCUUGUAUGGUUUAAAGACACCGUGGCUGAAUCUCAAUCAAUACCCAAAUACAUGAAGUUUUUUUCGAUGGGUCCCAACAAUAUCGCCAAGAGAUAUAGAGGAUAUUAUAUUAAUGGCUAUACUUUCUACAUCAAAGCACGCGAUGAUACAUGCAAAACUCAAAAUAGUGGUGUUUCUUUAUUAAGUGAAGUGGAUAGUUAUACAAGCUCUAGGGACCAUAAUCCUAUAACUGCUAAAGUGUCAUUUUAUGGAGUCAUACAAGAUAUCAUUGAACUAGACUACUGGGGCAAUUUUAGUGUUGUUUUGUUUAAGUGUGAUUGGUUUCAGCAUGACACGGAUGAAUAUGGGCUUACUCGUGUAAAUUUUAACAACAAAUGUCAUACAAAUGAUCCUUUUGUGAUGGCAUGCCAAGUGCAUCAAGUUUUUUAUGUGAAAGACCCUGUUGAAGAGCGAUCAAUAUUGGGUCGAAAUCAUGAUAACGAAAUGGAUUCGAUGGCAAGCAUUAAUGAUGAUGAUGCAGAUAAUAUUGGUUGGUGUAGAGAUGGUUUGCCGAGAUCCAUUGUUGACAUUCCGCCAAACAUGGAGGAGCUAGAAGAUGAAAAUGAAGGAGAAUCAGAAGGUGGAGAUCAAGAUGAAUCAGAAGGUGGAGAUCAAGAUGAAUCAGAUUAG